AAAAGCUUCUCACUGAGAAAACAUGUACAAGGUCAGGGAAGAUACGGUAGCGCGGAAUUCUUAUUUUGUGUAUUGUGUGAUAUGAAGUUGCUAUUUCCCAAGUUAUUGGUUAAACUGCGUCAAUGGCAGUGGUCAUUGGACUUGCAUCCUUUGUGAAAAUAUUCCUCGUGCCACUUAAGAGCUGCCAUGAUUUGUGUCAGGCAUACGUGAAAAUUUAAGGAAUAGUUUCAUUGAGAACUACGUAGAAGCUUUGCUGCUUGUUGAUAAAUGGAAGCACGUUCGAGGAAUGGAUUUGAGGAGUUAAUGGAUCAGUUGAUGGCAUAUUGAAAUGCAUUGAGACCCGUUAGCUGCUCUCGUUCGGGUGACCUUUCAAACCACCAACAAAUACACCCACAACACUGCAAACUCCUCAUGCACCUAAUCCAUCUCAUCAACUCCAUGGAUAUUGCUGCAUAUAUUACACAGACAAGCUGUUCUCUAACAACUCAAUUCCAGAAUACACAAUUUCUCAAGCAUCAGAGAGCAUAAAGAUUUCUGCAUUCUUGAAUUCAUGGCAAUCUCUGUGUUUAAUCUCAAUGGCUUCAUCUCUUUACUCAUUCUAGCACUCACCUUAACAGGUGCAGCCUCGACUCGAAUCCUUAACGAGGAGGUGGACGUGGCCGCUCCAUUGGUGCCACCUGAGGCAUCUGAUCCUGUGGAAACCCCAGUAUCUGGUGGAGCUGGAGCUGGAGCUGGUGCAGUUGUAGGAACUGGUGGCGCAGCUGUGGGAAGUGGUCCUGCAUCAGGCAUUGAAAAUCCUGAUCAUACAAUCUCAUUUUUCAUGCAUGACAUACUCGGUGGGUCCCGCCCCUCAGCUAUUGCUGUGACCGGUGUUGUAGCUAACCCGGCUGUCAGUGGCCAGGUACCAUUCGCCAAGCCUAAUGGCGCCGUUCUCCCGGUUAACAAUGGCAUCCCAACGGACAAUGCCAAUGGUGGAAUUGUCAGCAACAACAACAUUCCUUUCCUCACUGGCCUAAGCGGGUUCACCUCCAACGUAAUGCAAAACAGCAAUGGGAACAACAUAAUAGGUGGCGCCCCCGGGUUCCCAGUCCUGAACAGUGCGCAAUUCCCUUCCGGGACUACAUUCCAGAAACUCAUGUUCGGGACAAUGACAGUAUUCAAUGACGAGUUGACAGAAGGGCACGACCUUGGAUCAGGCCUGGUUGGAAAAGCACAAGGCUUUUACAUAGCAAGUUCAGAAGAUGGAAAUAGCCAAACAAUGGCAUUCACUGUAAUGUUUACCAGUGGAAGCUAUGCUGAUAGUCUUAGCCUAUUCGGGGUCCACCGGACUGCAGUUGCCGAAUCCCAUCUGGCCAUUAUGGGUGGCACAGGGAAAUAUGUUAAUGCUAAGGGAUUUGCCACUGUGAAAACUUUCCCAGCCACAAAUCAGCAUGAGACCGAUGGAUUUGAGACUUUGCUGCAGAUUAAUGUGUACCUUGCUUAUUAGUUCACUGGACAUGUGAUUUAUUAUUUUGUGUGCUUAUGAAUUCCGUAUGAGAAUCGUGGUUAAAUGAAAGUUUGUGAUUGCCAAAAAUUCAGUGUAUAAGUUCUUGUAUUCAGCUGCA